CCACAUUACGACAUGCGAGAGGUUUAUGAUAGUAAUGUUUUCGAUUUUUGCAUUUUGGAUUACGUGUCUUCAUAUGGUUAAUUCAGGUGGUGGAUUGUGAUGUUCAGUGUCAAUCAUGACAAAUGUCCAGUCCAUGGAAUUCGACAGUAAAUACCUACCAGCAGCAUGCAUUAGUUUUCUCUUCUUUUUAUUCUUAUUCAAGUUUGUCAAUCCAAACUUGUCCAAGAAAAUAUUUACCAAAUACAACAGCUUACCUGCUGCCAACAAGAUUGACUGGGAUACGAGAGUGAACUCCAGUGCUCAUGCAGUGAUAGUUAGUUCAAUGUGCCUGUAUGCUUUUCUGUAUGAUCAUGAAUUGAAUUCAGAUCCUGUGUGGCACGACAGUCCGAUUGUGAGAAUGGAGUGUGCUGUUGUGGCAGGGUACAUGUUGUCUGAUGCAGUAAUAAUGGCCAUUUACUACAAGGAAAUGGGAGAAAUUUUCUUUUUUUUCCACCAUGCAGCUUCAAUCUAUGCUUACUAUUUUGUCAUGGUGUAUGGAGUAAUGCCCUAUUUUGCCAAUUAUCGACUGCUGGCCGAAAUUUCCACACCCUUUGUAAACAACAGGAGUGGGAGAGUACCGACAGCAAGUGGGAGUCGGCCUAGGACAGGUGCCAGACCUCCAGGGACAGCAGCCUCAGGACUGCAGCCUGGCACUGCCACACGGUUAACAACAGCAAUGAAUCCUGGUACGGCUCGCCCAGGAACCAGAGGUGGACAGACCGGGGGAGGUGUGGCACUGUCAUCUCAAAUUACUGUGGUUGACAGACCAAUGACACAACAAGGAUUAGGUGGAAUGAAAACUGGGGUUAAAGGCUCACAAAGAAUGGUUCAAGAUAAAACAUACUACCUCGGUCUUAUCAGAGGGAAAGUAAAUGAUUUAAAUGCUGAGAAUAGCAGACUAAAGAAAGAGAUUGAAAAUUCUUCGGAGGAAAAUUCAUCAUAUCUUACAUAUGAAAAAAGAGCUGAAUCUCUUGCAAGUGAAAUAAGAGAUUUGCAAGGAGAGCUGGGAGAUUACAAUACUCUUGUUGACAAAUUAACCACAGAUGAAGAUAUUCAAGAUGUGGAGUUUGACUUAAAUGAUCUAAGAGCCAACAAUGAAAGAGAAGCAAAGAAAAUUGAGGAUUUAUUUGAAGUUAAGAAAGAGAAAGAAGAACGGAUAAGACAGCUUGAAACCGAGCUGGACCAAGAAAAACGCAUGGCUGAUAACUUGGUUAAUGAUAUGGACCCAGACAUGAGACAGAAAUACUUCUCUCUGAAAGACAUGAAUGAACAUAUGUUGAAACAGCUUGAGAAGUCACAGCAAGAGUUAGAUAUUCUGAACUCGAAAAUAGGAAACCUUCAAGAGGAAUUAUCGAUGUCUCAAGUCAAACAGGAGGCAGUGAGACUGUAUGAUCAGAUGAAUGAACUGGAGAUCCAAAGAGAUAAUUAUUUGGAGGAGACACGGAACAAACAAUCCCCGGCCGAGGAGAGGGAGAGACUGCUGAAACAAGUCAAGGAUGACAAUCAGGAGAUCGCCAGCCUGGAGAGACAAACUAAUGAACUAAGGGAAAAAAUUGAAAACAUUGAAGAGGAGAUCCGUCAACUUGACCUUGAUAUAGAGGAGAAUCAAGGGGAAAGAAAUCAGAAAUACAAGGAAUUAAAGAAAAGAGAAGAAACUAUUGAUGAAUUCCUUAAUAACUUUGAAGAGUCAAAAGCACAAGAAAUGGAGAAGCUGAAGCACACUGAACAGAACAUUGUGUCAGUCCUGGAGCACACUAGCAGGAAUAUGAGUCGCUUCUCUGCCCUGCCUACUCCCCAGGAGCUGGGAACUAUGAAGGAAGAUUUGGAGUUUAAGACUGGUGAAAUGAAGAAAUCUGAACACACAACAGUGGGAUUAGCAGCAGAGAGUGACAAACUGCAGUCUGAUCUACAAAAGGUUGAACAGCUAGAGGAGAAAAUUAACACAGAGCUGGUGAUGCUGAGGGAGAAGAUUGCCACCAUGGAAAAGGAACUUGAAGUUUACUCUGACCUAAGUAUGCUGAAAGAGGAGGCUGAGAAAAAGAGAAAUAAACUGAUGGAUGACAGAGUAAGCCUCCAGAGGAGAAAGGAUACAUUUAAGAAGACCAUGCAGCAACUGACCAGCCAGUAUGAGGGCAUGAAGGCUCAGCUGAAUGAACACGAGACAUUUGUACAGCUUGGCAACCUGGAGAAGAAGUGGCAACACCAUGAACAAAAUAACUUUGUGAUGAAAGAAUUUAUCAGUACCAAAACAAUGGAAUGCGACUACAGGGCCAUUUCAAAGCGUGUUUCAUCAUCUAUCUCUGACUUCAACACAGUGCUACAGAGGCAGAUGGCAGGAAAAACUAGCAUGUAGUGGCAUAUGAUAUCUGUUGAUGACACUGGGGAUUUUGGGGGGGGGGGGUUAUAUAUAUAAAUUAUUUGGGGGGGGGGGUAUUUAAUGAUAAUAAUGAAUAAAACCGUCCAUUCUUUCUAUUUUUUGUUGUGUUGUUUCUUACUUUCACGGAAUCGUGGUGGAAGAGUUGUCGUUCUUGUAAAAGUUAUCUUUCUUAGAAUUAUCUUUCUUAGAAGCACUCUUCAGCGCUGCUGUUUGUUUACAUUCCCUGAUGCACAUGGAUCAUGUAUGCUGUGAGAACUAAUUGUCGAAAUAAUAUAUUUAUUGAUUAAGUUUCAUUAUGGCAUUGAUGUUAGAGACAACAGAUGGCGCUACAGGCAUAUUGAUUAACCAUGAUCUAGCAUUGAAGAAAAUUUACAGGAAUGUCAAAAUCCGUACACAGACUUUUAGGUCAUGUUUUAUGAAAUCAGACUUGUUUGACAUCCAUGAACCAUACAAGAUGGACUCUCAGAUCUUUGCAGAACAGAAUGCAAAAGACAAAGAGAAAACACAAAGAAAGAAAAAG